CUGGAGAAAAAAAAUAAAAAAAAAUAAAAUUCAAAUAAAAUAAUAAAAAGACACUGAUUUUCUUUUCCCUUUGGUUUUGUCUCUCCAAAAAAGCUUCUAUGGCAUUUUGGUAAAUCGGAGAGAAUGAACGAACGUUGCUGUGGAGGUUGAUGAUCGGCGUGUCGGACAUGGCACAGACGGGUCAAGCCGGUGGCGAAGUGUACGUGCCGAAGAGUCAGCAAGUAUGGAGGGCGGUGGUGAACUGGUUGGGAUUCUUCGUGCAGAUGAUCCUUCAGAUCCUGAGAGGAACGCCAUGCGUGUCUCAGGUCCUUUCCUAUGUUGGUCUUCUAAGCCAACAUCAUCAUCUUUUGUCUCCAUCUUCUUCUUCUCCGGCUUUUAAGCCCUUGCCCGCUGUCGAACUCUCUCUCCAAGAUUGCGACGAUGGGGCUCAUGUUAGCUUCCAAAAUGGUGUCUGUGAUGGUCCUCUCGCUGACCAUCACCACCGCAUUAAAAAACUUACUGUGGUUCUUGACUUGGAUGAGACUCUAGUAUGUGCAUAUGAAACAUCUAGCUUGCCUCCUGUGAUUCGCACUCAAGCAAUGGAGGCAGGAUUGAAGUGGUUUGAGUUGGAAUGUCUAUCUUCAGAUAAGGAAUAUGAAGGAAAACCAAAGAUCAACUAUGUUACUGUGUUUGAACGUCCUGGUUUGCAAGAGUUCUUGAAACAGAUCAGUGAAUUUGCAGAUCUCAUCCUCUUUACUGCUGGUCUUGAAGGUUAUGCUAGGCCUCUUGUUGACAGAAUAGAUUCAGAGAAUCGAUUUAGCCUUCGCCUUUAUCGCCCUUCUACAGUUAGCACGGAAUAUCGAGAACAUGUGAAGGAUCUUUCUUGUAUAUCAGAAGAUCUCUGUAGGAUUGUCAUUGUUGAUAACAACCCUUUUAGUUUCUUACUGCAGCCUCUGAAUGGAAUACCAUGUAUUCCAUUCUCUGCUGGACAGCCAUAUGAUGAUCAGGUAAAUUUUACGCGCUUUAUUAUUUCGAAAGUUGAAAAUUUGCUUUUGAUUAAAUCCUCAUUUGCAAUUUCUUCUGUUGUGCGUUGCAUAGCUUUUGGAGGUUCUGCUUCCACUCCUAAAGCAACUCUCCAUUCAAGAAGAUGUCAGGCCUGUGCUUUAUGAGAGAUUCCAAAUGCCAGAAUGGUUCCAGUUGCAUGGAAUUCCUGUUACUGGUUCGACAUUGUGAUGAAAACAUAAAGCAGCUGAGCAGAGCACGUGGGCCAAGUGAGUUUUGUAGAGCACUUAACGACCAGAUGUUAUCAGUUGUUGUAUAUUAAGAACAUGUGCACGGGGGCAUGGAAGCGGUAUAUAGGAUUCAAAAAUUUUCUAGAUUGCCUGCAAAAUAGGAUCGACUCUCAGAAAAGACGGUCCUAACAGUGCAAGUUCCAUCAUCGAUUUAACUCUUGAUUCUUUUGUAAUUAGGUAUGCAUUUUCAUAGGUUGUAAAAUCAAUUUGGGUGGAUUUUGGAAAUUGUAACGAAGUUCUUCUCGGAAAUGGGACAUUAAUAAUUCAAUGUUUCUAUCCCCUACUUAGCUGUCUACAUUUUCAUGGUAAAUUCCAAACCAGUUUAUAGAUAGGUACUGUUUGCUUCGCUUGUAAUUUCAAUUUCCUUUAUUAUUAUAUUAUGGCUGAUCUUUACUGAUGGA